AUGUCUAUCUCACAACUCAAGUCCAGACGCACAAUCAGAUGCUAUGAUCCAAACUAUGUCAUUCCAAAGGAAGACUUAGAGAAAAUUGUUGAUGCAGCUUUCAACUCUCCAUCAGCUAUGAAUGUUCAGGAAACAGAUCUCGUCGUUGUUACAAACAAGGAAAAACUCCAAAAGCUUAACGAUGCUGUUUUUGCUUCCCUUGAUGAGAAGUCUCAACAAAUGUACCUUGGAAUGCAAAAGCAGACACAUGUUAAGCAGGAAGUUCUCUAUGAUUGCUCUGCUGUUUUCCUUCUUGUCAAGAAUGAGCGUGCAUCCCCAGCCAUUCAACAACUUGAUUCCGGUAUUCUCGCCAUGAGUGUUUUGAUGGCUGCCCAUGAUCUUGGACUUGGUACGGUUCCUCUUGGUACACUUAUCCGCCCACAAACAGAAGAAGUUCUUGGUCUUCCACCAAAAUCAGUUCUUCUUGGCAUUGGUGUUGGCAAACCAUUAUCUUUCGAGCCUCAUCCAAAGGAAAACCUUAGAAAGGUUACAUACAUUGAAUAA